GGGUGCUCCCCGGCACGGAGCUUUCCCCCCACCACCACCCCCCCACCCCCGAGCCGCCCGUCCUGCCCGGGGAGGGCUCCGCACCCCGGGGGUUUGCCCUGCGCUGCCUCCAGCCCGCGCUGGGUUGUGUGACUGCUCCUCUGCCAAGUCGUGUGGUUUCUCGGCACAGUAACGUCGUCUGUAGCUUGGUCGCCUCUCAGGGUGGCAGCUCGGGGUGACCAGCAGUGUUCUGGGAUGGGUUCCCCCCGGGCGGCGUCAGCCGCCUGCAGAGCACGGGACUGGGGGAAGCCCAAAGCCUGGCUGCUGUCAGCACUGAGGUGCUUCCUUAGUCCCACGUACAGCAACUCUCCUCAUACCUAGAAAUAUUCUGUUGUUAAUUCUGCCGUGCCCGUGGCUGCAGCAGGACUUGUGGGGCAGCGAGCUCCGGGGCUGGCGAUGUAUUUUUCCUUCCACGAGCUCUUGCUUUUGAUGUAACUGAGGCUUCCCUAGUCCUGAAGCCAGCAGGAGCGGAGGCAGAUCCCAUGUUAGCAACAAGGAGCAGUGGACGCGUCCCUCAGAAGAGGACAGACAGUUUGCCGGGGUGGAACACAGCGACCGUGCUACAAAACGGUUUAUUUUCAUGAUGCUUCACGCAGGGUCACCUACGAAGAAGCGCACCUUGCCUGCAGAGCUGAUGGUGGACACUUAGUCAGUAUUGAAACAGAAGCAGAGCAAGGACUGAUUCAAAAAUUUAUUGAGAGUCUCGUAGCUUCUGAUGGAGAUUUUUGGAUAGGGCUUAGGAGGAAAAAGGCAGAGGUAGACAACAGCACAGACUGUGAGAACCUUUAUGCCUGGACGGAUGGCAGCUCAUCCAAGUUCCGGAACUGGUAUGUAGAUGAGCCGUCCUGUGGGAGUGAAAUCUGUGUUGUGAUGUACCACCAGCCAUCUGCCCCGCCAGGUGUUGGAGGUCCUUACAUGUUUCAAUGGAAUGACGACAGAUGCAACAUGAAAAAUAACUUCAUUUGCAAAUAUUCUCUUGAGAAGCCAACAACUGCUCCAAAAGAGAACUCUCCAAGAGAUGUCACAACAGAGCCCUUCAAUCCGGUGUUCCCAGAAGAACGCCAUAAGAAAGAUGCCAAUGUAACAGUUAAAGAAGCCAAAGAACCUGUUCAGAGUCUUGCCUACAUCCUCAUUCCCAGCAUUCCUGUGCUGCUUCUCCUGAUGGUCAUUACAGCCAUCUUCUGUUUUUGGAUUUUUGCAAAGAGGAGACGGGAACAAAUGGAAGCAAGCCCAAAGGAGGAAGAUGCCUGGCUCUCUAACCACAGGAGGAACAGUCCAAAUCUGGAGAUUUACAAAGUAAUCAAGAAGCAAUCUGAAGCAGAUCUGGCUGGAACCAGGCCUGACAUUAAGAAUUCUUCCUUCCGCACACAAGAAGAGAAGGUGCUCGACAGCCUCUCCAGGGAUUAUGAUGAUGUGGCAAUGAAUACGUCGAGCGGCUUUGUGACAUUGGCUAGUACUGAAAGUGGCUUUGUGACCAAUGAUAUCUAUGAACUGUGUGGAGAUCGUGUGGGGAGGAGCAAGGAAUCAGCCUGGGUGGAGAAUGAGAUUUAUGGAUAUUAAGGAAAUGGACAAAAAAGCCUGAAAUGUGGAUGACAAAGCGAAAUGUCAACACAAGUUAACCUGCCCUCCCCAUGCACUUGUUUGAAAGAUAGCAUAUGGGAGGUUUGCAGGUUUGCAUCAUCCCUGUAUUCUUCUUUUUCUCUGAAAGAAUAUGGCUUUUAAAGAUCUAAACUGGAAA